UGCGUGUGUGUGUGUCGUCGUUCACUUCCUGGUCAUAUGAGAAGGGAAUCACUGCGUUGUUUCCCGGUCAAGCAGCAGCUCGUUACAGCUUACAACACAACAUCAGCUCCUUUACAGGUUUGCUGACCUGUAACCGUGUUGUAAACUGAACACUCGACCCACAAGGACAACAAACUAAAGUUUUGCAACCCCCCUCUCUUCUCCUGAUUUCUGGAUUGUUCGCCGUGAACGUGGGCCAGAAGACAAUCUGUUUUCCAUCCACUUUUUCCAACACAACAAGCAGAAAGCAAUUUCAAAGAGAGGACAGUGGAUUCAAUGAGGGAGCCAGAGAGGGAGGAGCAGAUUGACGCCAGCAUGCCUCCCAAAUUUAAGCGGCACCUGAACGAUGACGAGGUCACCGGCUCUGUGCGCAGUGAAAGGAGAAACUUGCUGGAGGAAGACUCUGAUGAGGAGGAAGACUUCUUUUUAAGAGGACCAACUGGACCCAGAUUUGCCCCCCAGAAUGACAAAAUUAGACAGGUGCAGUCUCAGGUUGAUGAGGUCAUCGAUGUGAUGCAGGAGAACAUCUCCAAGGUGAUUGAACGUGGAGAGCGCUUAGAAGACCUGCAGGAUAAAUCUGAGAGUCUGUCGGACAACGCAUCUGCGUUCAGCAGCCGGGCCAAACAGCUGCACCGGAGGAUGUGGUGGAGGGACAUAAAGAUGAAGAUGAUCGUGGCGUUAGUGAUAGUCGUAUUGCUGCUUAUUAUAAUUAUCCCUGUGAUACUGCGAUAUCACUAGUUUCCUGGAUGGAGGUUGGAGGCUUCAUCUUACUCUUCCUCCAUCCUCCUCAUCUUCUUUUGUCAUUCCUCCACACAAGAACGGGACGCUGCAAGACCGACUGAAGAUUCAGCAGGAUCAUCAACCCUGGGACAGUGAAGAGCUUGUGUGUGUGUGUAUGUGUGUGUAUGUGUGUGUAUGUACACAUGUUUAAGGAGAAUGUUCUUUGACAAAAGGCCACACGCCAUUGCAAGCGGUCCACCCCAGAUUACAUCCAACACCGCACUGUAUCCUCCUCAUGCAGUAAAUGUAUAUACAUCGUAGUGUUUCUAAAACUAGAAUCAAUCUUAGUCUUACAGUUUAUAUCCGAUUUUAUUAUUAUACUGUCGUCUGACAAAACAAAGACCUCAGCCAUUCCUCUCAUGCUCACCAGCCCUCACAAACACACACCUAUCAUCUGUUCACCCCCAUUUAGUAGAAGUAGGUCACCACGCAGGAGAGGAAGCCUUCCCCCUUCACUCUGUACUGUUGAUAAGAUCUCAUUAAAACACAUUAUUAGAGUUAAACCAAGAUCCACUGGCACAGAAAAAAAAAGCCUCUUAACUAAACAUCUGCUUCUGUAAUCAAGUUCUCUUAAAGGAAAUACUUUUUUUUUUUUUUUUAAGUUAUUGGCAAGUUUUUUUUUUGUUUGUUUUAUUUAAAGGUAAAUGAUCACGGCUAAUUGUGGUGAGUUGUACGUUUUGGUUUUCACUGAGCACUUCUUAUAAAAGGUGUAAGUAAUCUAGCUCUGUUUCUACUAAUUUUGAUAAUUUAUUCUUGCUGCUUUUUUUGAGCUUCAUUAAGGUGUAAGGCCAUGCAAACCUGAAUACUCAUCUGAUGACUUCCAGCAAUGAGGUGAUGAAACGAGUGGAAAUUCGAAUCUGUAGCUUAUAAAUAUCUAUACACACACACACACACACACACCACACGUUCACACACACCUCAUAGACGUAAAUCUCGUAAACCAAACGACUCAAGCUGCCUCACACUGAAUAUAUCCAGUAAAGUAGGACCAGACUUAACUGCAGUAUUUUUUUGGACAGGUCAUAUGGAAACGAUAUGCUUCUUUACCCACACAUGGGAUUUUAAAAGCCUUUAAUCUUACUCGAGGAAGAACGAGCACAGUGUUUUGAGUUUAGAAAGUGGGUUAGAUGAGUAAUCAGAUAUGUACAGCCUAUAGUGGAGUUGCUCUUAAUGGUUUUGUUGUUAACAGGAAAAACACAGAGACCUGUGUAAAAUUUGUAUCGCUUUAAUGAUGUACUAUUCUUUUGUAUUUAAUUUAUAUGUAAAUAUCCAUAACUUAAAGAUGGGGAAAGUGCAUUAAUAGACUGUGAAUUACUUUUGCGUUUUGAAAUAAAUUGCUUUUAAAGGCGA